AUGUGUGUGAUAGACCUAGAUCUCUGCUUCACCUAUGUGUACACUGGUAAGGAGGGGAGUGCGCACGACUCCCGCAUUUUUACAAUGUGUGUGAAUGAUCUGACACUAAGCUUCCCAACCCCUAAAGAAAGUUCCUUCUACCUGGUGGAUUCCGGGUAUGGUUGCUAUCAGGGGUUCUUACCACUGAAGUAUAACGGGAUGAUUGAUCCACUAUUUGAAGUAGCUUUGCGCAGACUAAACCCUUGGGUUGAUGCUGAUGAUCAGCAGGAAGUAGGAAUGGCGCAAAACAUUGCACCCAGGGAACAACCUGACCAAUCAAAUGCCAGUUCCAAUUAUAUGGGAAAAGUAAGGGAUGUAAUGACCUUAAGUAUGUGA